UGCUCUGCUCUGCUCAGCGCCAAGUCCUGUUUUCCAUCUGCAGGGAGUGAGCACGCCCAGCCGCCAAGAUGACAGACAAACGAAUGUCCAUGAGCCGUAAGCACAACAUUAAGAGCUGUAUGUUGGGGGUUGCUAAGGACUUACUUGAGGCUGAAGCGAAAGAAAAGGUGGAAGAGAGGAAGAAGUACAUGGAAGAGAACUGCCCUCCUCUGGACAUGCCUCAGUCCAAGGAGGAACUCCUGGAAUAUUGCAGAACUUUGCACCAAAGUAUUGAUGUCAUUGAUGAAGAGAGGUACAUCUUAGAGUGCAAAGCAAACAUGGUAGUGGAAGAGGUUAAGGACCUGAAUAUCAAAAUAAUUGACCUGAAGGGGAAGUUCAAGAAGCCAGCUCUGAAGAAAGUGAGGAUGUCAGCUGACGCCAUGCUCAAGGCUCUGCUGGGCUCCAAACACACCGUGAACAUGGAUCUGAGGUCCAGCCUGAAACAAGUGAAGAAGGAGGUCAAGGAGGAGGACAAGCAGUUGCGUGAUGUUGGCGACUGGCGUAAGAACAUUGAGGACAAGUCUGACAUGGGAGGCAGGAAGAAGAUGUUUGAGUCUGAUGCGUAGAUUGAAAGAUUGUAAGACCGAAAUGGAUUUAAGUUACUGAUAUCUUUGUUUUGAGUAAACUUGUCAUUUGUCUUUCAUUCAAACCGCAUGCUGCCACCUGCUACUCUGUGUGAAGACACGUCUUGACAGCGGUGUCUGACCUUCCGAGCAUUAGUCUUCAGUUUCACACUCAAGUCCUUCAUGAACACACUCUGUAAGUCGUUUAUAUGUUCACAAUAACGCAAUGCUUUCUAAUAAACUGUCCUGUGAAAAUCA